UCUUUGGCAUAGGCUUCCCAGGUGCGCCACGAUGUAGACCUCGUGUUGCUCUUAUGUCAGUGACGUCCAAGCGCUCAAUUGACCGAGCACAUCGGGCGGAGACGAUGGCGUCCGAUUUUCGUGACGGCAACAGUCUCGCACGUAGCGAAACGACAUCAAGUUAUUCAGCUCACGUCACCAUGGGCAUUAAGAUGCCAGGCCCUCAAGAUCUGGCGAGAAGUAACAAAUAUGACUGACGCACUCCUUCAGCUUCAAUCGCGGUCAUUGUAUCUAAGGAGUCUCGAGCAGCAAGAUACCAACGAUCUGGUCCACCUCUUCCGUAUCACAGAGAACUUGAGGCUGUUCACCGAAGAAUACAAGAAGCCUUUCAUCGUUCCCGGUGAUCUGACAGCCGCGCUGGAAUCGCACAGUCAGAACCCAUCAGCAAUCGGCAAAGCCUACGCCGUGGUACCACACAUCGGCGGACCAGCUAUCGGCUGGAUCGUUGUCCGAUACCUUGAGUCCACGCUGCAGGCUCCCUUUUGCGCAGUCUUUGUAUCGGACGAACAUCGACAUGACCGGAUCGCCGAAGUUUUCUUCAUGAUGUGCGAAUACGCGCUUGAGCAACUACGCCAUGACAACAUCCAAUUCCGUACGGGAGGAUGGCAUCAGGAUCCUACGCGGAAGUCGGCUGGAGAUUAUGGCAUGUCAAUGACAGGUGUGCUUAAGCGCCAAAUGCUCAUAAGGAAGGGGAGCCAGGUUCUGGAUUUGUACGAGGUUACGAAGACUCAGUGGCCAAGUAUCAAAGAGUCUACCGAGGCUUGGUGGGCUGCUUCCGUUAUGGAUGCAAACCCGGCUUCAGAGGUGAAGAAGGAGCAAGGCCCAUAGAAGAGAUGUCCUGCAAUGGUGGACUGGAGGAUUGCUCCCGCUCAUUGUCAUAGUAUAGAAACGUAGGACUCCGCCAAGUCCGCAUACAUUGUGCUUCACAGCUUGAGCAACAUCAACGCUGCCACAUCGUUGCUGGAAUCGUGGAGGUAUCAUAGACCAAGAGUGCUGCUUCUUCACAGCAUCAACUUCGUACGAAGGGUCGGUAGCUGCGGCGUGCAUGUUCUGGCGAGCCAAGUCUUCAUGCGACGAGUUCGUCAAGAUUAGGGAGGUGACACAGGCACUCGCGACACAGGCACAUAGGUGCAUGCUGUGAUCG